GCUUGCACGACACUCGUUUCCACCAACCAUUACAGCCCGUCAGGGACGGCGCAAUCGAUACUUCCAUCCUCAUGAUCCCGCGACGACUUAUAUCGCUUUCGACCGCGCUCGUCGCCAUCAGGUUGUUCCCCGUAUAAUCGAAUCUCUCGUCCAUCGGACUGGUGGUGGCUACUGAGCCUGCCACGACUCGGCCAUGCUUCUCAAGCCCGCUACGCCGCUCACAAUACUGCUUCUUGCGGCCUUCGCACUCCUGCUCCUAUCGGUGAUCUCGACCCCGAUCGUAAAAGGCAUCCCGCUGGCGACCUUUGAAAAUGUGGACUUUGGGGUAUUCGGAUAUUGCAAACAAGAUGGAUGCAGUGAGCUCAGGAUAGGAUACAGCACAACGGGUCUAUUCAGUUCCAGCUCCAAUGACAGUGACUUCGACCUACCAUCCAGCGCGCGCACGUCGCUCUCUUCCAUUCUCGUGGUCCAUCCAAUUGCGGCAUUCCUUACUUUCGUCUGUCUUUGCUUGGCCUUCGCAGCCCAUUUCCACGCCCCGUCUCACUCCCCGCGAUACUUACUGGGCCUUCUUAUUCUUCUACUUCCUACACUUCUUGUCAGUUUGUUGGCUUUUUUGGUCGAUAUUCUUCUUUUUGUCCCGCAUCUACAAUGGGGUGGUUGGAUUGUGCUCGCGGCAACCAUUCUAUUGGUCACGUGUGGCGUCGUCACUUGUGCUAUGCGACGCACCCUCGUGAGUCGGAAGGCUAGGAAGAGACGUAUUGCAGAAAAUGCAGAGAUGAGUGGUGAGAACUAUUACAAUCGCCAGAAUGCUUUGGCUGCUUCUUUUGCCAAGGCGGACUCUCCGCCGCCGCUCAGCACGGAGACCAAGGCUCCUCUCAUCUCUGGUGCGCCAUCCUCAGACAAUGCUCCCGCCGUCGCUGAAUUCGACGUAACAGGGCGAUCAACCGAUGAUGAUCGUCUGCCUUUGAACUCUCGAAAUGCGAACAAUAUGCCAACGGGUGCAAUGCCAAACGACCGCGUUGACCGCUAUGGGCCCUCAGGACCACCUGGACCACCUGCAGGUAAUCAACGACCGUACCUCACGCGCGAUGAGUUUGGAAACCCUCUUCCUCCACCGGGCCCCCCUUAUACGGCCGGGCCCGGUAUGCCUCCUGAGGCAGGAGACCCUAGACUGCGAAAUCAAUAUUCCGAUAGCAGUAUGGGUUCACGAAGAGGGCCACCACAGGGACCCGGACCUCGAGGCAGAGGUGGUUACCCCCCGAGAGGUGGUUAUGGCCGGGGAGGUCCUUAUGGUGGACCGCGUGGGCCGCCCCCAAACGGACGGGGUCGUCCGACAGGCCCCAUGCGUGGUGCUCCUCCAGGUCCAGGCAUGAUGAGGGGAAGAGGCCAACGGGGACCACCUCCUGGCUAUCCGCAGACCAGAGGCGGUCCACCAGGUGGUUUCGGUCCUUACGGUCCAGGCCCUGACCCUCGACCGCCUCCCAACUUCGGCGGAUAUGUGCCCGAUAUCCCUCAAGAGUACGAUUACAGACCCCGUGGCCCAUCGCCUGGCGGUCCGAUGAGACGUCCCCCGCCUGGAGCGGUCGGGAUGGAUAUGCCACCAAACAACGGGAACCGUGAAGUUGAAGCUUUCGAGAUGACACCUCAGGCGGCAGGUCCCAGACCGCGAGAUCCUUAUCCAGAAGCUCAGGCUCCUGCUGACAUGCUGCAACCACAAAAUGCGCAAGUGGGACAAAUGGGAGACCAGAGUCCCACGAGCGUGUACAGCCCGACAGAGCCGUAUGUCCCACCACGUAACGGUUGGACUGAUAACGGACCCCGUGCAGCAGAUCCGAUGCCCUUAAACGAGCCUCGGCUUCCACGCUUACCGCCAGUAGACGAAAGGCAGGUUAUGAACCGUGCGGAACCGGUUCCACGCCCCGAAAAUAAUUAUUAUGAAGAUAUCGAGCCCAAAUUUGCGGCGCCUCGACUUCCUGCUUCGAAUGAUCCGGUACCAUCGGCACUUGUUCCGGGACCGCCCCCCAUUGAAAUUAUUCCAGUGAGCGGCUCUUACGACGAGAUACCGGAGGGCGCUCGGUCGCCUGCCGCCAGUGAUGUCAGUCAUUUCACCUCUAUAUCGGAGCGAGGCAUAAACCCCAGGUGGCGCCCACCGCCACCUCCAAGCCGCAUGGUACAGCAACGGAGAGAAGACAUUCUACUUGAAGACAACCCUGAUUUUAAUUUGCGGGCUGGAAGAGGACGGGGUGGUGGCAUUGAUCGCGGUGGGCGGAUGCCAACCCUGCCUUCUCUACGUGGUGAUGGAAGAUACCCUAUGCCUUAAAGUUUUUUUGUUCCCAUUUGAUCCGCACUGUAUAUUAAUGAUUGCAUCCGCAUGUCUGGCUGUAGAUUUUGAAAAGACUUGCUGUGAUGAAUGAAAUGGCUGCUUGGUUGCGCGCAUCUUGUGUCUUUAUGCAG